CAUUGCGUCACUGCUACCAGACUUUACCGCAGUGUAUGUAUGAAUAGAUCAAGGUAUUUCCCAAAGUGCUAUUUCUAAUCUAGAAAAUAAAACACACGGAAUUACCACAAAUUGCUGGCUUAGCCUAGGUUUAUCUCAUACCGAUUAUAAUAUUUAAAAUAGAUUGAAGUGUUAGUAGUGUAUCAAUACAACAUGUCAUCUAACGACAAGAAUACAUCCCAGCAGCCCCGCGAAGAAAGCGAGGGACAGAAGGAGCAACAAGAGCAGUCAACUUCUCAGGUUGAACAAGGACAGCAACCGGCGAAAGAUCAGAACAACAGUCAGGAUCAAUCUCAACAGAAUAGUGACCAACAUAACGAAAAUGAAGCGAGGCAACGCGGCGACAAAGUAAAGGAGGACGGCGACGAGAAAGGUGAGGAGGCGAACCCUCAGGCCCAACCCAAGGCCAAACCUGAGAAGAAGAGACAGCCUCAACCGCAACCCGCCCGCGCCGAGUCGGAGAAGCCGAGUCGAUCACGACGCCGCCGCCGUAAUCAACCGGUGUGGAUGGAUGACGAUAAGGAGAACGAUCACGAAAAACAGAUGGCACCUCGUAGGCAACGUCAGCCGCCACUACAGUACCAGCCCCAACAGCAGAUACAGCAGCAGCAAAUGCAGCAAGUACAGUCGCAGCCUCAGAAGCAAGAUGGUGGGAAGAACCCGCUGAGGUUGCGGUUGGAUCUCAACCUUGAAGUGGAAGUGACAUUAAAGGCCCGGAUCCACGGUGACCUGACCUUGUCUCUCUUGGAAGGGUUAUGAGCCUGCAUCAUCUGGCUGUAAGAUGCGCAGGGGAAAUGGAGUUACGAAACGAAUCCUUCGUCAUUCUAAAUAUGCGAUAAUGAUGGUAUAUUUUAACUCUCGUGCCAAUAGCAAACGGAGACGGUGCUGCGCUUCGAUCUUCGUAGGCGUUGAGGAUAAAAGUGCUUUAGAGGGGCUGAGGGGCUAAGGGGUUAGAGAGAUUAAUAUUGUUUAUAUAAGCGAUACAAUUCUGUAAUUAUCAUGAUAUUUUAUUCUAAUAGGUAAAGAAGUAACCAGUUAUAAGAUGCUAGUUAAUAAUUUGGCCUUGUUAGUCUUGACAUUCC